AUGUCUGGAAAAGGGAAAGCUGGCAAAUCAUCGUCUGGAAAGACUGGAAGUGGCGAUGCUAAGUCACAAUCGCGUUCUGCCAAGGCUGGAUUGCAGUUCCCAGUUGGACGUGUCCAUAGGCUGUUGAAGAAGGGGAACUACGCCAAGCGCGUUGGAGCUGGCGCCCCAGUUUAUCUCGCCGCAGUCCUUGAAUAUCUUGCCGCCGAGAUCCUCGAGCUUGCCGGAAAUGCCGCCCGAGACAACAAGAAACAACGUAUUGUUCCAAGGCAUCUCCAGCUAGCCAUUAGGAACGAUGAGGAGUUAAACAAGCUUCUCGGACACGUUAUCAUCAGCCAGGGCGGCGUUGUGCCCUUCAUCAACCCCGAACUUCUGCCAACCAAGUCUGCGAAAGGAAAGCGAGAGAGUGGUGCUUCGCAAGAAGUCUGA